UCCGAGACCAGUCGCUGAGCGCUCCCCGUGCACAGCGCCGGAGUAGCAGGGCUCCCGGGGCCGCUGGUCUCCCCGGGGUGCGGACCCGGCGCCGUUCUGCCAGGGGGAUCGCCCCACUUUCAAGUUCUCGUUCCCUCCAGGAAUUUAGCCCCAGAGAGCGGCCUUCUGAUUCUCGAUCCUGCUUCCCUCGUUGGAAUGUGCAGCUUGGGACAUUGAGAAGCCGGGGCUCGGGGAGUCGUCCUCGCUGAGAGUUUCUCUCUGCAGGUUUCCAAGGUUAAGAAAUUCUGACAAACUGGAAUUCCCAGAGCCUGGGAGUUAAGCCUAAAACGACCUGUUGCUUUAAGCAUCGCAGUGGGGAGUAACUGGACACUCCUUAUUUUGGUUUUACAUUAAAAAGAGGGAGGCCGAGAAGAUGUUGUAGGUUACUUGCUAGCCUUGUAAAUUGCUACCGGGCUGUGAAUGAAUGGUGUUAAUUUCUGAAGUGGGCGACUACAAAGGAAGGCAGACUGUAACUCAAAUAGGACUUAAGAUUUACCAGAGAAUAAACUCAUCACCUUCUUGACUGGACUUCUUGCUUUUUUCUGAUCUCUGAUCCAGUUCACCAAAGUGCUACUUCAGGACUUGCCUCAAAGAGCACUUCAAAAAUUGAACUGAGAAAUCCCAAGCAAGCUGUUUGAAUUUUCCUGUAUAUUCUUGUUCUACAUCCUCUAAAGGACCAGACAAAUCAAAUUGGUGGUUUUUGGUUUCUGCAAGCCGUGGAUGCCUUUGACAUUAUGACCGCAGAGGAUUCUGCCGCAGCCAUGAGCAGCGACUCCACCGCAGCGUCCUCUGCCAAGGUGCCGGAGGGCGUGGCCGGCGCGCCCAACGAGGCUGCGCUGCUGGCGCUGCUGGAGCGCACAGGCUACAGCAUGGUGCAGGAGAACGGGCAGCGCAAAUACGGCGGCCCGCCCCCGGGCUGGGAGGGUCCACACCCGCAGCGCGGCUGCGAGGUCUUUGUGGGCAAGAUCCCGCGCGACGUGUACGAGGACGAGCUGGUGCCCGUGUUCGAGACCGUGGGCCGCAUCUACGAGCUGCGCCUCAUGAUGGACUUCGACGGCAAGAACCGCGGCUAUGCCUUCGUCAUGUACUGCCACAAGAAUGAGGCCAAGCGUGCCGUGCGCGAGCUCAACAACUACGAGAUCCGCCCGGGCCGCCUGCUCGGCGUGUGCUGCAGCGUGGACAACUGCCGCCUCUUCAUCGGCGGCAUCCCCAAGAUGAAGAAGCGCGAGGAGAUCCUGGAGGAGAUCUCCAAGGUCACCGAGGGCGUGCUGGACGUGAUCGUCUACGCCAGCGCGGCCGACAAGAUGAAGAACCGCGGCUUCGCCUUCGUGGAGUAUGAGAGCCACCGCGCCGCUGCCAUGGCGCGCCGCAAGCUCAUGCCCGGCCGCAUCCAGUUGUGGGGCCACCAGAUCGCCGUGGACUGGGCCGAGCCCGAGAUCGACGUGGAUGAGGACGUGAUGGAGACCGUGAAGAUUCUGUAUGUGCGGAACCUCAUGAUCGAGACCACGGAGGACACCAUCAAGAAGAUCUUCGGCCAGUUCAACCCGGGUUGCGUGGAGCGUGUCAAGAAGAUCCGGGACUAUGCCUUCGUGCACUUUGCCAGCCGCGAGGAUGCCGUGCAUGCCAUGAACAACCUCAAUGGCACUGAGCUGGAGGGCUCGUGCCUCGAGGUGACGCUGGCCAAGCCCGUGGACAAGGAGCAGUACUCCCGCUACCAGAAGGCAGCCAAGGGUGGCAGCACGGCCGAGGCCGCAGCGGUGCAGCAGCCCAGCUACGUGUACUCUUGCGACCCCUACACGCUGGCCUACUACGGGUACCCCUACAAUGCGCUCAUCGGGCCCAAUAGAGACUACUUCGUGAAAGCAGGCAGCAUAAGAGGCCGGGGUCGAGGUGCAGCUGGCAACAGAGCCCCGGGGCCAAGGGGUUCCUACCUUGGGGGAUAUUCUGCUGGCCGUGGUAUAUAUAGCCGAUAUCAUGAAGGGAAAGGAAAGCAGCAAGAAAAAGGAUAUGAACUUGUACCGAAUUUGGAAAUCUCUGCUGUCAAUCCAGUUGCCAUUAAACCUGGUACAGUGGCCAUCCCUGCCAUUGGGGCCCAGUAUUCCAUGUUUCAGGCAGCUCCAGCUCCUAAAAUGAUGGAAGAUGGCAAAAUCCAUGCAAUGGAGCACAUGAUCAGCCCCAUCGCCGUGCAGACAGACCCAGCCAGUGCUGCCGCCGCCGCUGCCGCCGCCGCCGCUGUCAUUCCCACUGUGUCAACGCCACCACCUUUCCAGGGCCGCCCAAUAACUCCAGUAUACACGAUGGCUCCAAACGUUCAGAGAAUUCCCACUGCCGGGAUCUAUGGGGCCAGUUACGUUCCAUUUGCUGCUCCAGCCACAGCCACGAUCGCCACACUACAGAAGAACGCGGCCGCUGCGGCUGCCGUUUAUGGAGGAUACGCCGGCUAUAUACCUCAGGCCUUCCCUGCUGCUGCUAUUCAGGUCCCCAUUCAUGAUGUCUACCAGACAUACUGAUUCUGAUGACAAGAGCGGAGACAAACCACAAAACUACUACUGAAGGAACACUUUACUAUUUAUGAAGAAACAACGUGAUGGAUUAGCACACAUAUGAAACCUGAAAGUGAAGAAUGUAAUCAAAUAUCAUACUGAAAUAUUUUAUAUACAUGAAGUUUCCACUAGUUUUUUAAGACUAUUUUCAGUUUAGCAAGCCGGUGUUCAUACAUUUCUAAGAGACUUGCAAAGGUUCGUGCCUUAAUACCAUCUCUUAAAAAUUUGUAUGCUGUAGUACGUUUGUAUAGAGGUUUUUGUUUUUGUAUUUUUAAGGAUAUAUUUUCAGUAUGAAGGUUAUUUUCUUAACUUCUGCACUCCAGAGAUUUCUAUUUUGUAGUACCUUCAAUAAUAUAUCAACUAUAUAUUAAAAAGCACACUUGAGCAGCUAGGGAACUAUUUUGAAAAAUAUAUUCAAUAUUUAAAGAUACAAACAAUAGUGCUUUAAAAAUACUACAUAAAACAUUAUUUUAAAAAAUAUACUGGAAAGUGCAAUUUUAAAAUUUCUGCUGGCAUUAAGGGUUGACGGUGUUACCGUGUGUUAUCCGUGAUGGUUCUAUUUUUUUAAAGAAACUAAAAUCACUCGAUCUCUCCUUAAGCCAACAUUGAAAAGACUUGUCACACUUCUGAGUCCAAACACUGGAAAGCUCUCACCUGCCACCAUUACCCGGGGCCCCUUCUCAUUCAUUCCCUCUGUGCCUUUGCUCUUAAACACAUUCCCCCCACUCCCCCACCCCACCUAAUCUUCCCUGCUUUCUGUCCCCAAUUUCACCUCCCUGUGUGGCAAGUCUGGGGCAGAUGAAUCACUGAUAGAGAAAACUUUGAUGGCUUUUAUACUUCUUCCUGGGUUUUUGUUGGGGUUUUUGUUUUGGUUGGGGAGGAAUUUUCAAUAGCCGAGUAUGUGUAAGCACAAGAUUUUAAUAGUUUGCAUAAGACAUCUUUGCAUAGCUAUUGAAUUGUCCAAUAUAAAACUUCAGUUCCUUUUCUAAUGUUUUUAUUUUAUUUGUUUUUGAAGUAUGAGUUUGUAGAGACAAUGAAUGUUAUUGUAGACGAGGUCCCCAAAGACUCUUGUUGCAGAAAGUUAUGCUUCUAGUUGUCUUACCAUGUUUCAUGCAGAAUGUCUGCGGUUGUCGAGGGUGUUGGAAAUGCUGUGUUUAUUGAACAGGGCUUUCCUCCAUUGCCAUGUACAUGGCAGGGAACUGAAUUGGGGCAGGCACAUCCAAGAGGAGGAGAAAAGACCUGCAGGAGUUAAAAGAUAGUUUGUAAAUAUCUCCUAAUGCUCCUUUUUAGUUGUUUUAUGUUGCAGAAGUUCAUGGUAUAUAGUUUAAUGCAAAAUGGAACCAUUUUUAUUUCACUGUUAUUAAAAAGUUGUUUUAUUAGGAAGUAAAUGUAUUGUUGCAGUGUUUUGUGCCUGUUUGAAGGCUUUUGUUUAACAGAGUGAAUGUAAAAUACAGUAAAAUGUUAAGAUUGUCAUCUACUUUAUGAAAUACAUCAACUUGGAAUUUUUUUAAAGGCUCUGUCAAGGAAGUGAGGUGUGCAAUAGGUAGCAAGUAGCGCAGUUGUGUUUUUAUGUCAUAUUAGAGAUCCAUAAAAAUCUUUCCACUCACUGAAUUUUUGCUGAUGGCUGAAUUCUUAUUUGUAGAUUAAUAAAUAGGAUUAUGCCUUGAGCAAAUAUUUUAGUUUUGUUUUAAAUUUUAAAUUCAGAGAUUCCCAAAUGCCUUUUUCCCUCCUCGUCUUAAGGUGGGAUGAAUUUUUUAUAUAUAAGCAAUAUUUAUUUAUUGUGUAAAAUUAUUGAGUUGCCUGCAAAGGCCUUUAAAUAUUCCUAACAUUCCUUUCCAUCGUUCUUAAAUGACAUAAAGUAAUUGUGCAAUGUUCCUGAGGAUGUACCCAGCAAUCUUCAUCCAAACACGAAUCUGUUGGAGUGAGCAGUCCAACAAGAUGCAGUUUGGGUCAGAUCCUCAUCCCUUGACUUUGUGGGAAAGAAGUCCUCUCCGUCCAGUGUAGGAUUGUCACAGAGGUUCACUGGAUAAGACUCUGACCCAGCUAUCUUACUGUAUUUUACAUGUGCCUGUAAAUUAUUUGGGGGGAAAAAAAGUAAUAAAAAGAAAAGAAAAAAAAUGAUAUCUUAACAUGGCAAAUACCAAACUACCUUAAAAACAAAUGUUGGUAACAUAGCCAGUUAAGUAUCAGUGAGCCUCUUAACUGUUUCUGUUUCAAUACCAUUUCACAUACACUACUGAGAUGAGUUUAUAACUUGAAAUGUGAACUUUUUUUUUUUUUAGGGUU